AUGCGAGUGACGGUCAUGUUUACUUCUUUGGCAGCGAUCCAGCUGGUGGUCUGUCAAUCCAAUUUCAACGGAUCCGGAGAAUAUAACCUGUCAACGGCUACGAGGAGCCCUCAUUCGCAAAAAUCAAAACCUGACGGCAGUCAUCUCUCGAGGCUGGAAAGACGAUUUGGAGAAUGGAUACUAAAGCGCGAUACCACGACAAUUGCGGAUGCAGUUACGUCGACCACCGCUACUGAGACUGUGACCUCCGCGACGACUAGCGAUUCCGAUGCAACGACGACCUCAGAAUCCACGACUACAAGCAGCUCAGAAACCUCUUCAUCAUUCACGACAAGCACUGCAGCAGCUACGACAACCUUAACUACAACUUCCAGUACCUCUAGCAGCACAGCCACGUCAUCCUCGUCCGCAUCCAGCGCUGCCUCAACCACAACAACCACAGCAACAACGACAACUAUAGUCUCAACCACCACACCAACCCCUACCGAAUCUGCUGAAUUGAAAGAAUGGAACCACCGCGGGACCAUCGCCGCCAUCGUCACCUUCAGCAUCCUCGGUUCCUUCUUCGUAGGCGCCUGCAUCGCCCGAUGCUUCCGCAAUCGGGCGAAGAAACGGCAUAUCGAAGCGAGGAAGCAACCUGAUCAAGACUCUUCGCUCUCCAUGUUGGCCCCGACCGCCGAGAACGGGAAAUCAGCGAUCCAAGUGAAGUUGGAUCGCGAGUCGAUCAUGUUCUGCGAUGAGAGGAGCGUCCCGUCGUUGUCGGGGCAGUCGUAUUGGCAGGGGUCCGUGGGACAUUCGUCCAUGCCAUCGGAGGAUAUGGGUCGGUCGAUGAGUAGUGGGAGGCAUACGCCGUUGGGUGUGAGGGAGCAGCAUGGGACAGCGGAGGUGUGA